AUGGUGCAGAGCAUCUGUCGGGUUAUGGAUGGACGGCUGGUGAUCUUGCUGGACCCAGGAGCUUCAGCAGCCAAUGACUAUUUACGACAAGACAAGUCCAAAGAGAAACGCUUCGCAUUUGAUCAAGCCUUUGGCGACGUAGACACAAAGACGCUUUUCACAGCAACAGCUGAGCCGCUCAUCAAGUCUGUCCUGCAGGGCUACAACGCCACCGUGUUUGCUUAUGGUUCGACUGGAGCCGGAAAGACUUUUACAAUGAUUGGGACGCCGGUCGAGCCUGGCAUCAUGUUCCGAUCCGUCGAAGAGAUCUUCCGGGGAGUUGAAGCGAAUGCCGAGGAAGGCAAGGACUGCUUUAGCGUCUCCUGUUCCUUCGUGGAGGUCUACAACGAGAACUUCCGUGACUUGGCCUGCGAGACGAGUUCGGGGAUUUUAGACCUUCGUGAGGACCCUGUGUGUGGGAGCUAUGUGGCCGGAAUCACCGAAGUUCAAGCGCAGUCUGUUCAAGAGGUGAUGGACUUGCUGCAACAUGGGAAUCAACGUCGAACUACUGAGCCGACUGCCAUGAACGUGACGUCCUCCAGAUCUCACGCGGUGUUGCAAGUUCGUGUGGAACGGAGGGCUUCCAAUCCAUCUUCCGUUUCUGGAACCCUGAUGGGCAAGCUGUCCAUGAUUGAUUUGGCAGGCUCUGAGCGAGCAGCGGAGACCAAGAACAGUGGGCUACGUCUGUUGGAAGGGGCGAAGAUCAAUCGAUCGUUGUUGGCGCUCGGCAACUGCAUCAAUGCCUUGGCCAGUGGGUCCAGCUUUGUUCCCUACCGGGAUUCGAAGCUCACUCGACUGCUCAAGGAUUCCUUGGGAGGCAACUGCAAGACAGUCAUGAUUGCCAAUGCGUCCCCGAGCCAUUUGAGCUACGAAGACACCUUGAACACGUUGAAAUAUGCCAACCGAGCCAAGAACAUCCGGGUUCGUGCCAAGCAAAACCUGGUGACUCCUGGUGAGCAUGUGAGCCAAUACGAGCAUGCGAUUGCAGAUUUGAGGAACGAGGUGUCCAUCCUCAAAGCCAAACUCGCUCAGCGAAGCGCUGUACCGGACAUCCUCGCAGGAGGUGAUGAGAACGAACUAAAAGAAGCCAGUGAAAACUGGAAACUCGAUCUCAUCAGAAACUUAGAGAGCCGCACGUCCUUGCAGCGUUCCCUGAUCGAUGUUGAGCGGGGACUUGUGCAGUGGAGAGUUGAGCUUGACCAGGCGAAGGAGAUGAUCGUUCACUGGGACGAGCGCAUGGUCACUUCACCUGGCCGUCGACCCGAUGCGCGAUCACUCGAUGACUGGAAAGAGGCCAUGUCCCAAAUCGAGGAAAACAUCAAGGAGAACAUCGAAACCCGAAGGUCGCUGGCAGAACGCUUGCAGCAGAACAAAACUGGAGGCCGAGAGUUGCAAAAGCAGCUGUCGCAGCGAGUUCUCAACGAAGAUCUCCGGGCUUUCUUGGAGCUUAUCCAACGGGUGCAGGUGUUGGAGGUGGAGCGGUUGGAGCUCGACCAUUUCUGGGAGAUCCACCGGCAGCAGUUGGAGCAAAGAGACCAGGAGAUUGCCAUGCUGCGAGAACAGCUCCGGCUCCGUAAUGGCCAUAUCCAACAACAGCGGCAGGAACUCGAUGAAAAGGUCCCUGGACAUGUCUUUUUGCUUGGGAGCACCUUGGCAGAGUCCUCUCCGGUGCAGCAGCGUGGGCCCUUGCGUGUAAUGCAAGCCUGGGCACCAGCGAGAGAGGACGAUGAAGAGCGCGUGGCCUCUUUGUCCGAAGAGGCGGAGGACUUCCUUCAAGACAAGAUCAAUUGGAGAGCGCUUGAAGUGCCCAUGGCCUCGCAAAUCAAGGGCCUGGCACAGUUGCAGCAGAACGCCGGCACGUCCCGGUUGAUUGCAGCCAAGGCUUGGAAAGAUCCUGCCAUGCGGAGCAUACCGGAGGCCAGGGCUCCGCGGCGGCCCCUGGCUUUGGCGCAGGGUGGCGUGGCACCACCUCCCGUGGCACCACCUCGACCUCCCCAGCCUCGUGAGCCAGGUAAUUCCAGCCCAUCACAGACACGAGGAAGUACCUGCCCGCCCCUGCGGCGCAAGUCGUCGCUGGAAGCCCAAGUCACUGCCCUUGCGCCUCGUCAGCCCUCCAUUGGUGACAUGCGCAGUCCACCGCGUGGCCUUCUACGGGCACAUGGUGUGGCAGUACCUCAACGGCAGCUUGACAAAAACCUGGGUGUCCGUGACAAGAGCCGCUUGCGUGCUCGUAGCGAGCACUCACGUUUGGGUCGAGUCGGGCUUCAGGCUCAGCGUAGCAGCGUAGCAGGCGCGCCAACUCUGACGGGUUUUGGCACUAUGGGGUCGGCACCAAUGCGUGCGGACACGAGAACAUUGAAUUUGAACAUCGACCGCAAGGAUGUCGACAGCCAGUGGCUUUGUUGGGGUUGCUACGUCGUUCCACGGGAAGGACCGGAAAUUGUGGAGGAGAGACCCAGACUCCACGUGCACUCCAAGAGGUCCUUGGGAUCCUUGCUGCAGGACUUGUUCAACUUGCAAGAUCUGAAUUCCAACGGUUUACUGGAAGAGUCCGAGCUCAUUGAGUUGAAUGAAAUCAUUGCAAUCCUCCAUUACGGUGAGGUAGAUCGCGCCCUCCUUCACACAAAGUAUCGCAACUUGUUUCGCCAGAACCUGGAUCCGUGUGGGAAGCCUGUCUCAUUCUCAACAUUCCAGAAGCACAUGACAAAGGUGCUUGCUGACUACGAUGCUGACGCACUUGCACAGGAGAUGAUUGUGGAACAGUUCAUUGCAGAAGCACAGCUGGCAAGGAAGUUUGUGGAGCAGAAGUCUUUGUGGAAGAUUCUUUCGCCAUGAAUGAGCGGGAGCACUGUUAUGGGGAGCCCUAGAGUAUUAUGUGGCGACGUGUCGUACUGAAAGGCCAUAGCAGCGGAAUUGAUUGCAUUAUCCAAAUUUCUUGAAGGCUGACUGAGAGAGACAGCCUGCCGGGCCUGCCCUGCCGGGCCGGGCCCGAGCACAUGCUGAAAUCACUGGCCCCACCCCAGAAGUGGACUCGUGGUGGUUUAGUCUGUACAGAGAUUGACUACUCAUGCUAGCACAUGCUGGCAAAA